AAGAAGAAAACGAAGACCAAGAAGAUGCAGGCUCAAGUCGACCAGCAGCUGCCGAGACCAAGAAGUUCCCUGUGGACAAGUCUCACCACAGCAAGAACACCAAGGUACAGCAGUAAAGUCUGUCUGCAGAUCACAGGCCUGAGAGGACAUACCUUUGUGUCCAUAUUUCUAUUUGAACUCAUGACCUUCUGGUCAGAAGUCCAAUGUCUUAACUAUUGAGCUAUCUCUGCCCCAAUUAAUUAAUUUUUAACUUUUAUAUUUAUGCUUUUGGACCAGGUCUUGUACAGCUGUGUUGUGCUUUCUCACAUUUUUAGCUUUUUGAAUGGCUUACUUAACACACUGGAGUUUGCACUCUGUUCUGUAGAGAGUCGAGCUGUUCAUAAGGAACAUGGACUACACCGUGGAUAACAAGCGCCUGUACGAGGAGUUCCUCCCAUUUGGAGUCGUCGUCAGUGCAAAGGUGAUGAUGGAAAAUGGCCACUCCAAAGGAUAUGGCAAUGUUACUUUUUCAUCCACAACGGAAGCCAUGGUGGCCAUUAAAGGAAUGGAUGAGAAGAUUUUGGGCGAGAGGCCGGUGCAUGUAGCUCCCUCUGAGAAGAGAGGAGCGUGGGCCUUAGGGUUAGGGGUGGGCAGCAAUGUUAUUGAAUGGAUCUAUUCUUAAUAAACAAAGCACACGUGAAGACAGUACUUUUGAAUGCAAUAAUAUGAUCUAGAAUAGUGCAAUGAUAAUACAUUUUUGCAAUAAUAUUAUAUACCAAGAUAAAAGAUUUGACAAAUCGCACACACACAAGAAAAUUAAGUCGUGAUCAUGAGAAAACAACAGAAAAAAAUUUAUAAUGCAUGGCCGCUAAGGCUUCUGUACUGAAAUGAUUCAUGACAAUCUAUCAUUGACUGGCUGACUGCAGAGCCACACAGGCCUCUCAGAGAGCUUUUUCCUCUCUUUUAUGUGAUAGGGGUUUUUUUCACUGUGAAAAGAGGCUGAUUGAGAAAAUUGAGUCAGAGAGAAAAAAAAGAGCAAGUGUGAGUGAGGGAGUGAGUGAGGGAGGAAUGUGACAGUGAUCCCUGUCCAGGAUGUCGAUCUGUCCCUGAGACCAGGGAAAACAUCUGCCUUUGCUCAGCACAUCCCUUUUGUCAGGGAAUG